CGGGACCGUGACCUACCCUUACCCUAGGGUACUGUACAAUGAGAUAAGGAUAGAUACUACCGGACACUCCCGCAGGCGGCCCGUGACUCUGGUCCAUCUGCGUUCCCCUUUGGAGUAGCCAUCUCUAGGAGCAGGCGGGGGCAGCGGAUUCUUUUAAAAUCGAACAUGGAGAGAACCCAAAUCCGAGCGGAGGCAGGAUUCGAUUCGCUGGGAUAAGAGAAGGCGCGUAACCAGCCGCAGGUCCGGGCCGGCGGCACCGGUACGAGUUUCGCCGCCCGUGCUAUCCAGCGCCGGGAUGCAGCGCGCACCGCCGCCGGUGACAUCCCGCGCCGUCUGGUAUUGUCCGGAUCCACCACAGGUCAAACUAGGCACGGGGUUGGGACAGCAACAUCUGUCUGGCGUGCACACUUCGCCGUCAUCAUGCAGGCUUUCUGGUGUUGCAUAUCUUUGGAGUCAUCGUCAUCGAAGGCAUUGGUCUGUGAUUUCGUCGCUGUUUGACUACUUCGUCUACAGUCGAGGGUUUGUGGAACAUUGGGCAAGGGGAAGGCUGACGGCGUGGGUUUCCUACGCAAGGUCGUCAACAUGCCUAGGCUUCGGCGGACUUAGCGGUGGUGGUGGAUGUCCUGGCGCUUAAGCCUUUGGGUGACCGUGGUGGUGAUCAUAAACUUGUGGUCUUUAGAUGACUUGUGGUCUUUUAGAUGACUUGUGAUCUUUUAGAUGACUUGUGUGCUUCUUUAGAUGCUUAUGUUUGUGAUGAUGGUUAUGUUUGUCAUGAUACUUAUAUUGUUGUGAUGGUGUUUGUU